UAGCAUUUAUCUUUGUAAGCUACUAUAAGCAUCGGUAUAGUACGUUAAAGCAUGAUAAAAUAGCUAAAUUAACUGACAAAGGAAGGUGUUGUGCGUAGGGCACGGCAUGACAUCCGUACAGCUUAUCACAACAACCCACAAAUCAUAACAACAUCUUCAAAACCCGGCAAAUUUUCGUAGAGUCCCCUUAAUCGUGCUAUUUACUUUGCAGUUUGGCAAUGUCGGACGAAGAGGACUCACUAGAAGAGAAACUGCGUAAAUUUCGUUUGUGGAAGGAAGCUUCAUCGGAGGGCAGCGCUGCUUUCAACAUAAACGAAUCGGCUGAAACUAGCCGCUCUAACAACUAUAACCAGGAUAAAUCAAACCAAAGCAUGAACAGAGGAUCUCAAGAAAAACCUCCUUCCCACCUGAAGGGACGUGAGCUGGGAAUGUACUACCGGAAUAAGGCACGGCGAACCAAGCAGCAAAGCUCACAAGAUCCGGACAGUAACGAUGGUCAUUGGCGCAACGAACGUCACAAAGGUUUGCAGCGUCGCAAAGCUCAGGAGCGGUCCAGUUACGAAGCGAACGAACCAGGCAGCUCGAAUCGAUUCCGCCGCUUUCAGGACCAACGCGACAUCAAUCUAGAGGAGCAAGCGGAAGCACCACCGGCUGGUUUGCGUGGCCGAGAACUUGGCCUUUUUUAUCGCGAUCGGCAAACGGCCAAAACGAAGCAGCGCGAAAAACGCAAUGCGGUGGAUAUUACCCUGCCUCGCUGGCAAAUACAGGAGAUUCGAACCAAUUUGCAGAUAAACCAAGGUUUCGAACAGAGCGACAUUUAUCGGGAGUUUAUCGAGAAUGAAAACAUCCGGUCAGUGUUUAAGAAUGAGUAUCUGCGUGUGAUCAGCAAAACGCUGACCGAAACACUGCGUGAAGAAAGGGCCAAAAUGGAUCAAAAUUUAUCUUCCGGGGAAGCGUGUGGGUCGUUCGUGACGGAUGAUCGUUUGCACGAUGAGAAAUGCCGAAUGGAUUCAGCGACAAUGCUAGAUAAAUUUCGACGAUCUUUACCAGCGUAUCAGCAACGCAAUACCAUCCUCGACAUGGUUGAACAACAUCAGGUGAUUUUGAUAAAAGGUGGUACGGGCUGUGGAAAAACCACCCAGGUACCGCAGUACAUUCUAGAGCAAGCUUCAUCCCGUGGUCGUGCUGCCAGUUGUCGGAUACUUUGCACACAGCCCCGCCGGAUAUCUGCCAUAAUGCUUGCACGUCGAGUGGCGGACGAACGGAAGGAAAAUCUAGGCCACUCCGUUGGCUACCAAAUACGGUUGGAAGCGGUACGACCCAGCACUGCUGGUGGUAGCAUCCUAUUUUGCACUACGGGCAUUGUGUUAACUUUAAUGCAAUCGGACCCAUUGCUUCGCGAGUACUCACACCUUGUGCUGGACGAGAUACAUGAGCGAGACGUCACGACGGAUGUACUGCUGGCCAUCAUUCGUAUGGUGUGUUCGUGCCGGAAAGAUUUGCGUGUGAUUCUCAUGAGUGCUACACUGACAGCUGACACGUUUUCGCGCUACUUCAACAACUGUCCGAUGGUGGAAAUCCAUGGCAUUACCUACCCGGUUCGUGAGCACUUUCUUGAGGAUGUAUUGCGAGAUUUAAAGUAUUACUCUUUUGACGACAAAAUGGCAUCGGGACGUAUGCGGAACCAGUCCCAACAGCAGCAGCAGGAAUCUUUUAAUGCGAUAAUGAAACCAUACUGCGAAGAGAUCCGCCAUCGCUAUCCGGCGCCUGUCCUUCGUGCGCUUCAAAAUCCGGGAAGCGAAAACAACCAGAAUGAGCUGAUAGUGGAGCUACUGUACUACAUCACCUGUUCGCAACCGCCAGGAGCGAUUUUAGUCUUUCUGCCCAGUUUGGCACAAAUUUCAGACAUCAACAAAAUGAUUCGCAAACAUCGUAUGCUUUCGCAGGAACGGUUGCUGGUGUAUCCCUUACACUCGCAUCUACCCACGCGGGAUCAAACGAUGGUUUUUGGCCGUCCGCCGGAUUGCGUUCGUAAAAUUAUUCUCGCGACUAACAUCGCGGAAACGUCCAUCACGAUCGACGACAUCGUGUACGUGGUGAAUGCGGGUCGUCACAAGCUAAACCGGUACGAAAAUGGUAUAUCAGUGUUGCGUGACGAAUGGAUCUCGAUUUCGAACGAAAUUCAACGCACGGGACGUGCCGGACGUGUGCAGGAAGGUGUCUGCUACCAUCUGUACAGUCGUGGCCGUAGGUGCACAUUUCUGGACAACGUUCCACCGGAAAUAACACGCGUCGCGCUGGAUGAAGUUAUACUGCAAACCAAAAUUCUGCAGCUCGGUAAUACGCGCGCAUUCAUGGAACAUCUGCUUGACAAACCGACCGAUGACGUGAUCGAGGAAUCGCUUCAGCUACUAAACCGGCUCAAUGCGAUCGACAACGAAGAGAAGCUAACACCGCUCGGUUACCAUCUGGCACGGUUACCGAUGGAUCCACGCACCGGGAAAAUGGUCCUGCUAGCAAGCAUCUUCAGCUGCAUCGAUCCAAUCACGUCGAUUGCGGCUAGUCUUACGUUUAAGAACGCGUUCUGUAAACCGUUCGGCAGGGAAAAGGAAGUCGAUCGUAUAAAGCGCAACUUUGCGCAAGAUUCUGCCAGCGAUCACAUCAUGCUGGCGAACGUAAUUGCCGAGUGGCGCCGGCAGUCAAAUAAAGACGGAUUUUGUGGCAAAAAUUUCCUAAACGGAGCGACACUGCAGCAGCUUUCCAACAUGAAGGGUCAGUUUUGCGAAUAUUUGCACGCGGCCAAGUUUGUCGCUGCAUCGCACGCGGACUCCAGGCCGAACAAUCUGCAUUCGGAUAAUAUAGAGCUGCUGCGAGCGAUCGUCGGUGCCGGCCUGUACCCGAAUGUAGCAUUCAUCCGUAGGGUGAUCCGAUCGCGCAACAGCCCGGAUGGUAGGGCGAUCCUUAACAUCGAGAACCAAGGGCGGGCGGAAAUUCAUCCAGGAUCGGUUAAUGGCAACAGAGGAAUCUUUCAUUCGAAUUUUGUCGUUUACUACGACAUGAUGAAGCUUUCUUCGCUAACCAUCUUCGACACGACCAUUGUGAACCCAUUCCCAUUGCUAUUCUUCGGAGAUAAUCAUGUGGAAACGAUAGACGGUCGCGAAAUGAUCUCAAUUGCCGGACAUUACUGCUUAAAGUGUGAUAAAGAAACAUACGACCUGAUACAGGAUCUACGUGCGGGGUUUAAUUUGUUCCUGCAGAAACAUAUCUGCAACCCUUCACCGGUCGAUUGGACCUCUCGAGAAGGCGAGCUGUUAAGAUCCAUCAUUAAGCUUAUCACAAUGGAUGGGAAGUACGAGGAUGGGUUCGACGAUGACGAUGAUGCGGAAGGAUAGUGCACAUCGAAUAGAAUGCUGCAGCGAUGAGGCUUAAACAGCGUUACCGAAAUAGUCCCUAAGCUAGAUGAUGCUAGCGAGAAUAUUCCCCUUUUUUGCCCCGAAAAACACAAAUAUACUUUCUUCCAAUUUCCACCAUUUGCAAAAGACCGUGACGGGGAAAAUCCCCGGUUGGAUUUAGCAGGCGGACGAUUAAAGUGCGUUCCCCUUCGUUUUGCGGAAUCGCCCCCCCCGGAUUGGACUGAUUCCAGCAGCAGUAAAAUAGUUGACUAUUGGGUUUUUAAAGUAGAGCAGCAGAAGGAGACCCAUUUCCAUGUGGAUGCGGAUUAGUUGUGGUCGUUCUAGACUUUCCUUCGUUACAAGCACAAGCACACGUCUAGACUCAUUUUUUUCGUUCCAGUUUUGAAUUCUGUAUCGCUUCUGCGUAUUUCCUUUGGAGAAGGCGACCACUUUCUUUAAUGAGUUUUUGUUUUAAAUUUAAUUCUAUUUUUGGGGGAACAAACAACAUUAGUUAUUGUAUUGAAAUAAUGGGCCAAUAAACAGCAACUACAAACUAAAUUGCUCCUUUCGGACAUCAUGACGUCAGACUUUCAUUCAGAAAAAACCCACAAUCAAUUGGAUGGAUGAUAUGAAUUAAUUUGUCCCAUUUCCUU